AUGAGGGUCAAGGUAUCUAUUUCUGGGAAGAGCGACAAAGUUUUAACUGUCGAAGCCGAAUGUGAUUUGGAAACAUUUCAGGGACUCAUUCUGUCCUCAUAUGAAGAUGAUCUAUCAUUGCAGAGUAUGCGGUACGGAUUCCCACCUCAGAGUAUACUUUUUCAGGGGAAUGAGGCUAAGACACUUGAAGAGCUAGGAAUAUGCAAUGGGGAACGGAUCAUAGUGAGCCUGAGUAAAGCCGAUGAAGCUAUUGCCACCAGAACACAACCAAGUAUUAAUGCCAGUAAAGCAAAUACACUACCCAAUAAAGAAGUGAAAAAGAAGCCCACUGGUAAAUCUGAAAGUGUACAGAUAGAUUCAACUAGAGCACUACAACUCCAUGAAGUGCCCGAUGACAAUUCGUGUCUAUUCCAUGCUAUAUCCUAUGCUGUCUACAAGAACAUUUCACUGUCAUCAGAACUACGGGGAGUUGUGGCGUCAGAAGUCCGGAGAGACCCAUUUGAAUAUUCAGAUGCUAUUCUUGGCAGGCCGAAUCAUGAAUACAGUGAGUGGAUAAUGAAACAUUCUUCAUGGGGAGGUGGUAUCGAGAUUGCAAUAUUAUCGAAACAUUUUCAGUAUGCGAUAUACGUGCUCGAUGUGGAUGCACGUAAAUUCGAGAAAUUCAACGAGGAUUUAUACGAUAAAUUUAUUAUUAUAGCAUAUAACGGAGUUCAUUAUGAUACGGUAGAGAUAUUUGAUGGAACUCAGCAUCAAACUGUAUUUGACAUCGGAGAGAAAGAUACUGAAUUCCUUUUACAAAAAACACAGGAGAUCGCGAAGAAGAUGAAAAGAGAGGGGAAGUCUUUCAAUACUGCAAGAGAUUCAAUUUUAUGCAAUACUUGUGGCACCACCUUGAUUGGAGAACGAGAGGUGAGCAAGCACGCUGAGAAAACUGGUCAUGUUGAUUUUAGGCAAAAAUAA